AUGACCAGGAGGCUUGUUCGCACGGGCAUCCAGCUCGGUGUGCUCGUCACCAUCGUCUUCUUCGUCGUCGUGUUCCUCGAUAAUAGAUACCGAGUCCUCCCUAAUGCCAUCCACAGCCAUCUGCCUGCGCACCACCCAGGCUUUGUGGUCACCGAUCUGACAGUCGUCACCUGCUCGUCGUUAAACCCUUUCAGCCGAUGUACCGUCGAUGGGGCGGACUGGCACCGAGUCGAAAAGGACUUGUAUCUGGGGAAAGGCUUCUUGUCAAAAGCCUAUCUCUACGUCCAAAGACAGCGCGAAGACGAUCUAAGCACCCACGCCGAAGUCGUUACGGAUGUUAAGAUUGGCCGCUUGCAGCCCUCGGUCGUCGAUCCAACUUCGAAAGAUGAAAGAUGGGAAUCUCGUCCUGCCGGGAUAUGGAUCAAAUUGUCCUCGAAACGGCACGAUAGCAUGGUCACAGGAGUCGAUGUCCUGUUUGGCGCCGACGCCGUGGACCCGCGCUCGAACUGGGAAAUUCAAGACAUCUCCUUGUUCAUUGACGCCGACCGUGAGUCGCCCGAACCUCGUCUCACGGUUCGCAAAGGUUCCGCUUUGAAAGUUGAGAGACCCGUCCCUCGAAUACGGAAAGACGGCAAAUUCAAGAUCAUGCAAGCAGCAGAUCUCCAUCUCGCGACGGGCUUGGGGACAUGUCGCCACGCACUACCGGAAGGAGAAGAGUGCGAAGCCGAUCCACGGACGCUCGACUUCCUUGCUCGCAUGAUUGAAGACGAGAAGCCGGAUUUUGUUGUCCUUACCGGCGACCAAGUCAACGGCGAUACCGCGCCCGACGCCCAAACCGCGAUUUUCAAAUACUCGGAAAUGUUUGCGCGACAUAAAAUUCCCUAUGCAGGCAUAUUCGGUAAUCAUGACGAUGAAGGAAACCUCGACCGCGCCGAAUCCAUGGCCGUUAUGGACGGCCUCCCUUACUCGCUCUCCACUGCUGGCCCGGAAGAUGUCGAAGGCGUGGGCAACUACGUGGUGGAAAUCCUCGGACGGGGGUCCACCUCACACUCUGCGCUCACGCUGUACAUGCUCGACACCCACUCCUACUCCCCCGACGAACAACACUAUCACGGCUACGAUUGGCUCAAACAAUCUCAGAUCGACUGGUUCAAGGCCACGUCUCAAUCUCUGAAGAGGAAGCACAAGGAAUACACGCAUAUACACAUGGACUUGGCGUUCAUUCACAUCCCCUUGCCGGAAUAUCGCAAUCCGGACAAUCUGGCCUGGGUGGGAAACUGGACAGAGCCACCGACCGCCCCGGCAUACAAUUCGAAUUUCAAAGACGCCCUCGUCGAAGAGCACGUUCUCCUCGUGUCAUGUGGUCACGACCACGUCAACGAUUACUGCCUUCCCGCGAACAACAAGGAAAAGAAACCCGCCUUAUGGAUGUGUUAUGGCGGCGGGGCGGGAUUUGGCGGGUACGGAGGCUACUAUGGAUAUCACAGACGAGUGAGAUUCUUCGAGAUGGAUAUGAACGAGGCGCGGAUCACGACGUGGAAGAGGUUAGAGUGGGGCGAUGAAGAGACGCUGAAGAGGAGGAUUGACGAGCAGAUAGUCGUGGACGGUGGGAAGGUCGUCACGGGCAUGUGA